GUAACAGGAAACCAGCUUCCCUCUCUCUCACUCUACAUUUCGCUUUCUCUCACUUUCUCCUCUCUCACUUCACUCUCUCCUCUCUCUCAUUUUCCGUGGACGUUACUGACCCACACCGGGACUCUCUCAGGCCGCCGUAUCAGUGGAACUACUGGACUUCCUUAAUUGGACUUACUUGGAUCUUCGGGACGAGCCGAGGAAGUGCGUGGAGGUCCAGGACCAUGAGAAGAUCAAAGUGGUCGGAGGUUCUUCUCCUCCUCUCCUUCAUCUCCAUCGUCUCCUCUGUGUUUCCACCUCAGCCCAGAGUCCUCCUCUCCUUCCAAGAGCUGCAGCUGAUCCACUCUCUGGAGUUCUACAGUCUGUCGGAGAAGCCGAUGGAUUACCGGAUCCUGUACGUGGACGAGGAUCAGGAUCGGAUGUACGUGGGCUGUAAGGAUCACCUGAUCUCCAUGGACAUCAACAACAUCACUCACGGAACUCUGAAGAUCUUCUGGCCGGCAUCCACUGUGAAGAUCGAAGAGUGUCAGAUGGCUGGAAAAGAUCCAACUCAUGGGUGUGGAAACUUCCUGCGGGUCAUUCAGCCCUAUAACAGAACUCACCUGUUCAUCUGUGGCAGCGGCGCCUACAGUCCCGUGUGUGCUUACGUGAACCGAGGCCGACGCCCCGAGGAGCGGGUGUUCCACGUCUCGUCCAGGUCCGAGUCUGGAAAAGGACGCUGUUCAUUCAACCCUCGAGUUAAUACAGUAUCAGUCAUGCUGAAUCAGGAGCUUUUCUCCGGCAUCUACAUCGAUUUCAUGGGGACCGACGGCGCCAUCUUCAGGAGCCUGACCAGCAGGAACGCAGUGAGGACCGACCAGCACAACUCCAAGUGGCUCAGCGAGCCGGUGUUUAUCGACGCCCACCUGAUCCCGGACGGGUCCGAUCCCAACGACGCCAAACUUUAUUUCUUUUUCCGCGAGAGACUGACGGACAACAGCGGCAACACCAGACACAUCCACAGCAUGGUGGCACGAGCCUGCCCCAACGACGUGGGCGGCCAGCGCAGCCUGGUGAACAAGUGGACGACGUUCCUGAAGGCGCGGAUGGUGUGUUCGGUUCUGGAGGACGACGGCACCGAGACGCACUUCGACGAGCUCGAGAGCGUGUUUCUACUGGAGACCAAGAACCCUAAAAGACUGCAGCUGUACGGACUCUUCACCUCUACCAGUUCCGUGUUCAAGGGCUCGGCGGUGUGUGUGUACAACAUGGCCGAUAUCCUGACCGUCUUCAAUGGACCGUUUGCGCACAGAGACGGUCCGAAUUUCCAGUGGACAGCGUUCCAGGGUCGGAUGCCGUACCCACGACCAGGAACCUGUCCAGGAGGAGCGUUCACCCCUCACAUCCGGAGCACUAAGGAGUUCUCGGACGAGGUGGUGACGUUUAUGAGGAACCACCCGCUGAUGUUUAACCCCGUGUACCCGGCGGCCCGGAGACCCCUGUUACUGCGCACACACGCCGAUUAUAAAUACACCGCCAUCGCCGUGGAUCAGGUCCACGCUGCUGACGGACUCUACCACGUCCUCUUCCUCGGGACAGACAGAGGGACGGUGCAGAAGGUGGUGGUUCUACCCACUAAUCGCUCUCUGGAUGAAGAUCUGAUCCUGGAGGAGCUGCAGGUCUUUAAGAAACCGACAGCCAUAACCAACAUAAGAAUUUCUUCCAAAAAGCAACAGUUGUAUGUUAGUUCGGAGUUCGGCGUAUCCCAGGUUCCUUUGCACCGCUGUAACGCUUAUGGUUCUGCGUGUGCCGACUGCUGUUUAGCUCGAGACCCGUACUGCGCCUGGGAUGGGUGGAGCUGCUCCCCCUUCUACCCCACAGGAAAAAGGAGGAGCAGGAGGCAGGACAUCAUGAACGGGAAUCCUCUCACCCAGUGCCGAGGGUUCAAUCUGAAAGCCUACAGGAACGCAGUGGAGGUGUCUCAGUAUGGUGUGAAGAACAACACCACGUUUCUGGAAUGUUCACCCAAAUCUCCACAAGCGUCGGUACAGUGGCUCAUACAGAGGGACAACGACCGCCGGAAAGAGGUGAAGCAGAGUGACCGCGUGGUCUCCACGGACCACGGCCUCCUGAUCCGGGCGGUGCAGAACUCAGAUCAGGGUCUGUAUCACUGCAUCGGGACCGAGAACGGCUUCAAGAGGACCCUCGCCAAACUGCGCCUGCACGUGAUGAGCGACGCCCUGCUGAGCACGCUGGGCGCGAAGCGGGCGUCGGCGUGGCAACCCAAGGGCCCAGCGGACAUGCUGGCCAUGCGUCAGUACUGCAGGGAGCGGCAGGAGCUGCGGAGCUUUCGGGAGAACCCCCGAGGAGACCUGGGGAAGCUGAAACCGCUGCUGCUGGAGAGCAACAAGAGUCGCAACCGCCGGAACAACCAGCACGGAGGGUAGAGGGGGCGGGACAAGAAACAGGGGGCGGGGCUUGAGCUAUGUUUGAUCAGCCAAUCACAAAUUCAAUCGUGUGACAUCACAAUUUCAGCUCCACAUGCUGCUUAACCAAAACUUCUAAGCAUCAGUGUGAGAUUAGCUAAGCUGCCUGUCCGGAAGCAUAGCAUUAUGCUAACGUUAGCCAAAUAUUGUAGAUAAACUUAGUCUGACUGUUCCUAUCAGGUGUUCACUCAUUUUGCUGUGCAAUUAGCAGAUAGCUUUAUUUGAGGAGAAUGUGUACAUUUGUAGUGGGGUUUGAACCAGCAACCUUCUGAUCAACAGUCUAGUACCACCGAGCUAACUCGACUGUUUCAUGUACAUGAGGGCAGAACUAUAUUUAACUUUAUUUAAAUACAAAGAUACAAAACAAGGCACGGACAACAAGAAACAAGGAAAACACAAGGGGGGCUACACUAUUAACAUGGAUGAUUAGGCUAAAGGCUAAUGCUAAGCUAACCGCUAUGCUAAUGCUAAAU